AUGUAUAAAUGAGGGAACAUAAGGAGAAGGGGAAUCAGAAGCUUAUUCGACCAAAUGAAGAUGGAGCUCACUGUAGUUAACUGGGUUGUUGCAGCUGCAGGCUUUCUUCUGUUCUGGGACAGUAAUGGCUCUGCAGCACCUCUUGAGUGCCACUUUAACUCCAGAGCUCUAUGCGAGUUCGAGGGUAGGCAGUACGCCCUGGGGGAGACCUGGAUGGACAAUGCCUGUAUGCAGUGCACCUGUUUGCACCCUGUUGGUGUCGGUUGCUGUGAGACGAUGCAUCGACCGGUGGACUUCCCUGCCUGGUGUGAGAUGAAGGUGGAGCCAGUGACUUGCAAAGUGUUUCUGGUCCAGACAGCUGACCCCCGCCUGCCAUGCACCCCGGGUGAAACAGACCAAGACCCCAGGCAUGGAUCACUCCAGCUGCAGUUCGAUGGGGGGAUACGCACAGAGACCAACAACAGCCUAACCUACAUCUAAAUAUCAGCAAUUAUUUUUUUUUUUGCUGCAUCUACAUUAAACACAUCUGUGAAUCUGGCACAGUAUCAAUACUAGGAGUCUGUCUUUUUAAAACAAAGCUUCCAAAAUUCUGAAAAGAAGCCAUCUAUGUUGCUUGUAUGAAACUUCUUAAUUGGUAUGCUUCUUGCAAGUAUAAAAGUAUAUAAUUUACCUUCUUUUGAAUCCAUUUUAUUACAGGAUUUAACCUUACUCAGUGAUACUUUUCAUAUUUAACAGCAUCUUUUGAUGUUCUUUGCUGAAAAAUGACACCUUUAGUUAAAACAAAGUAGUAAUCUAAAUAUAAGCAAAUGUGCAGAUCAUAUGUAAUAGUUAGCUAUAUAUGUUUUUCUGUUCAUUUUGGCCUGUUUUCUGCUGUAACUCAUUUAACCUGCAGAUGAAACUCUUGUGUAAAAUAAAAUAACAUUAAAUAAAAUAACAUACAAUUUGA